CAUCCUUCACCUGAAAGAGAAUGGCCAAAGAUAAGGGAAUCGCCAUAGGAAUCGACCUUGGUACAUCCUACUCGUGUGUUGCAGUGUGGCAGGAGCAACACAAUAGAGUAGAAAUAAUUCACAACGACCAAGGGAACAGAACUACACCUUUUUUUGUUGCUUUCACAUAUGAUCAGAGGUUGAUUGGUGAAGCUGCUAAGAAUCAGGCUGCAACCAACCCAGAAAACACUGUUUUUGAUGCCAAGAGGUUAAUCGGAAGGAAAUAUAGCGAUCCCAUUACUCAAAGUGAUAAAAUGUUGUGGCCAUUCAAGGUCAUUGCUGAUGAUGAUGACAAACCCUUGAUUGUGGUUGAGCACAAGGACAAGAAGAAGCACCUCUCAGCUGAGGAGAUAUCAUCCAUGAUCCUCAUGAAGAUGCGGGAGAUUGCUGAGGCAUAUUUAGAAACGCAUGUGAAGAACGCUGUUGUCACUGUACCUGCUUAUUUCAACGACUCUCAACGAAAAGCUACUGUAGAUGCUGGAACCAUUGCUGGCCUUAAUGUUAUUCGGAUAAUCAAUGAGCCUACUGCAGCGGCUAUUGCAUAUGGGCUUGACAAGAGAACUGAUUGCGUUGGAGAGCGAAACAUAUUCAUCUUCGACCUUGGUGGUGGUACUUUUGACGUUUCUCUCCUUACAAUUAAAGAUAAGGUCUUCUGUGUGAAGGCUACUGCAGGAAAUACUCACCUUGGGGGAGAGGACUUCAACAACAGAAUGGUGAAGUACUUUGUAAAUGAGUUCAAGAGAAAGAAGAAGGUGGACAUUAGUGGUAACCCUAGAGCUUUAAGAAGGCUGAGAACGGCCUGCGACAAGGCAAAAAGGACACUCUCGUUUGCAGUUACUGCUUACAUUGAGGUUGAUUCUUUAUUUGAAGGCAUUGAUUUCUGCUCUUCGAUCAACCGAGCAAAGUUUGAGGAACUCAACAUGGAUCUUUUUGAGGAAUGUCUGAAUACUGUACAGAAAUGUUUUACGGAUGCUAAAAUGAACAAAAGAAGUGUGCAUGAUGUUGUUGUCGUUGGAGGUUCUUCUAGGAUUCCUAAAAUACAACAGCUGUUACAGGACUUCUUCGAAGGGAAGGAUUUGUGUAAGAGCAUCAACCCUGAUGAGGCUGUUGCUUAUGGAGCCGCAGUUCAGGGUGCUAUGUUGAGUGAAGGUAUCAAGAAUGUUCCGAAUUUGGUUUUGUUGGAUGUUACCCCGCUGUCUCUUGGUAUAUCAACAAAGGGAGAUCUCACGAGUGUUGUUAUUCCUAGGAAUACUGUUAUUCCAGUUAAGAAGACCCAAAUAUAUCAUACAGCAGAAGAUAACCAAUUCUCUGCGUACAUUGAGGUUUAUGAAGGUGAGAGAACCGGUGCAAGUGACAACAAUUUGUUAGGUUUCUUCACUCUUUCUGGGUUGUCUCCUGCUCCUCGUGGCCAUCCUUUGGAUGUUUGCUUUACCAUAGAUGCAAAUGGCACCCUGUCUGUUUCUGCUGAGGAUCCAAGCGCAGGUUAUAAGAAUGAGAUUACCAUAACUAAUGAUCAAAACAGACUUUCAGCAGGAGAAAUUAAAAGAAUGAUUCAGGAAGCUGAAAAUUACCAAGCUGAAGAUAGAAAAUUCAUGAAGAAGGCCAAUGCAAAAAAUGCUUUGGAUGACUUCGUUUACAAGAUGAAGAAUGCAUUGAAGAACAGAAAUAUCAGUUCAAAACUUUGUGCACAAGAUAGGGAGAAAAUCAACUAUGCAGUUAAGAAUGCUGCAAAGUUGCUUGAUGAAGAUAACCAACAGCAUGGAAUAGAGUUGAUUGAGGAUAAUCUGAAUGAGGAUAAUCGUUUAGAUGAAUACAAACUUGCUUCUAAUUGUUAUUAUCUGAACAAUGUUUAAGUUUACAUUUCUUGGUUGACAAGUCUGCGGAGGAAAUGGCCAUAUUAUUCGUCAUUAGUUCAAGGUAAAGGUUCUGAAUCAAUGACCUCGUAUAUCUUUCUUCUCUAUUCUAUGAAGCAUAUGUUCUGCAAAUUUGAAACUACAACUUCUAGCCAUUGAAGAUUGCAGAUCUAGAGGAAACGUGUUUUAGCCUAUGUUCCUUGUUAUAGGAUUACCAUGGAAUUAAACAUAUACAUUACAAGAUAAUGAUCAAGAAGUGAGAGAAGUUUAACGAAAAUAUGAAGUAUGAUCACUUUGUUGUGUUUUCCUAUUUGUAUAAUGGAUGGGCUCAGGACAAAACAGUAGAAAGAUAUGCUACAUGAGAAUAAUGUUUGAUUUAGAGGCACCAAUUAAUUUCUACACAAUAUAACAUGCUAUUCAUCUUAGAUUUCUUAGUGCCGCAAAAGCUGAAGCUACUGAAUACUGUUCUUCCUUAAAUGUAACAUUGUUAUGCUUGAUCUAUUUAAGUUUAAAAUUAUGCUGCAGCAAAAUUGAUCUCAACAUGCACUCUCUAGUUUGAAUAGUUUGUUCCUACUAGUUUUCUAAUGUUUGCAAGUGAUCCUUAACUUAGUGUAAUUAUUCAAACUGCACACAUCUUUCUCUUUCAUCACCAAUCUCUGCUCAUUUAUGAGCUGGAGUGGUUGGACAAUGGGUUCUAAUGUCAACUUCAAGAACAAGUGUGCUAGGAUUCUAGGAGGCAGCAUAAGCAUAUAUUGUGGUUCAGACAUUGUAACAAACAUGUUGUGAACACAGCUUUUGAAGGUAGAUUUAUAUAAUACUAGAAACCAAGUUAUAAAUUUCAUAAAUGAGAUGGUGCAAAAGAAUAUGUUAUGGAAGUAAGAAAGUA